UCUAAUUUUCCUUGUUAAAUUUAUACAGACUGAAAUGAUUUUUUAAUAAUAUAGAUGGUGAUUUGCAGUAGACCAGAUCCAUCUAAAAACACUGUUGAAGUUUUUCAUGAUGUGUUGGACUGCACCUCUUGGAUACUGUCACCUGUGAUUUUAGUUAAAAUCAUCCGAGGAUGUUGGAUCCUGUAUGAAAAGCCAAACUUUGAAGGGCCAUCAAUUCCUCUGGAGGAAGGAGAAAUAGAACUCACAAACCUUUGGGGAGAAGAGUCAUCUGACAACAAAGAUGAAUGCACAUCUCCUGAGCCUGCAGUAAUUGGUUCAAUCAGGCAUGUAGUAAAGGCAAGUAACCAAUCAACCACCCAGUACCUUAACUGUAGUUCUAAUUUAGUAGACUAAAUUGCUUCCUAGGCCUUGGAUCAUCUUUAUAACUUUUAAGUGCAGCAGAAUGAUAAAUGAAUCCUGCACAUUACCUAACAUGUUAUAAAGAUUUGUUGGUAGUUUUGUUUCCCACAACACUAGUUAAGUGGUUGUUUGUUUGUUAUCAUUAUAAAUAAUUAUUUUAUGGGGUUUUUUGCUUGGUCAAAUUCAUAAUAGCAUAAUGUGGUGAAAUAAUGGAUCUCUUACUAUACAUUUGCCUUUAUAUUUCAGAAACAGUGGUGGAGCCUUUAGCCAGGGU